AUGAAAAAUCUUCCCGGUAUCCUCCCUUCCGCCACUGAGUAUCGUCUACUAGAGAUCACAUAUGGUUUAACUUCCCUAGAAGGUGUAGAGUUUCCUUCACGCGGCUCCAGUAUCUCAUCCCCUCCCUCUGGCAAGAUUGGGGUUUAUAUGAAAACCCUAGAUGCUGGCAUCCGUUUUCCUCUGACGGAUUUUCAAGAAAAGGUCUUCCAAAAAGAUGGUUGUAGUCUCCAAAUGUUGACUCCCAAUGCAGUGAACAAAGUGGUUGUGUUUGAAAUUAUCUGUAGAGCUAACGAGUAUCUUCCAGAAUACUUCGUUAUAAAGUUUUUCUUCCAAUUCUGCAUCACUGGAGACAAAUGCACCUUUUUAGUCCGACGAGGGGGGCAUGCCCUAGUUCCUGAUGGGUGA